AGAGCGGUUACCGAGGAGAAGAUGGUGGAAUCUGCGGUGACAACGUGCUCGAUAUCCCGUCCCAAAGUAUUCGAAAAAUAUUUACUUUCUCAACCUGGUAUUAGAUAUUGGUUACCUGGGGACAAUAAUAGAUAAUAUAAGCUCAAAAGAAGGCGAAAUCCCUCAUUCCGCGCCCAGGGAGGCCUUCAGACUUCGCUAGUCGAAGUGUUGCACAGCUGUUCAGUGACCAAAAGUAGCUCAGGAGUUGGAGAAAUUUGGGGGGAUUUGGAGUUAUCGCGCUGUUGCUGAAAUCCAGCAACCGCCCACGCUUGUUUUUGUGACCCCUGAGUGUUGAUCGGACGUCGGUUAGCCAUCGUGGGAGUCCCGCUGUGACAACCGAGCUAAGAUUGUCUGGAAGCUGUGGACGGACCAACCGACUGGCAUCAUGCCAAGGAGUAAAAAAGGGAAGAGAGGUGUUUCCAGUAAAGGCUCCCUGCGUCAGGAAGUUCUCCAACUUCAACUCUCGGGGAAAACUGCACCCCGGACAGGCAAGAACGGUGUGAAAGGAGAGGCGGGGGGCAGUGACGAUGACCUGGCCUCUGAUGUCCUCAGCCACUACAGCAGCGCCAGCGAGAGCGCCUCAGUCAUAGAGGACGGCACCGGAGGAGGAGGAGAUGUGGUGGAUGAACAAACUGCACAGGAGGAGACGGAGGACAAGCUGAAGCAGUGCAUCGACAACGUCAUGGACAAGAGUGUGAAGGUGCGCGUGAGUGCCUUGGAGAGUCUGCGUCAGGCCUUCUCCUCUCGCCUGCUCACAGAGUUCCUGCUGGAGAGGAGACUCACCCUCAGCGACUGCCUGGAGCGAUGCCUACGCAAGGGUGGAGGAGAGGAGCAGGCGGCGGCGGCGACGGUGUUCUCCCUGCUGUGCGUGCAGCUGGGGGGCGGGCCCGAGGGGGAGGAGGGCUUCAAGGUGCUCCGCCCCAUCCUCAGCACCAUCCUCAUCGACGACGUCGCCAGCAUAGCCGCUCGACAGAGUUGUGCCCGUGCAUUGGGGAUGUGCUGCUAUGUGUCUGCUGCUGAAGAUGCAGAGGACCUCCUGAAGUCCCUGGGCCACCUGGAGAGUGUGUUCAGCUCGGCGUACCCGCGUGGCGAAGGCCUGAUGCCCGCCGUGAAGGCUGGCACGGCGCCGCUCCACACCGCCGCCCUACAGGCCUGGGCACUGCUCAUCACCCUCUGCCCAGCAUCGCACCUCAACAGCCUCAUCAACCACCACCUGCCUCGUCUCCAGAUGUGUCUGGACUCCCCUGACGUCAACUUCAGGAUAGCAGUGGGAGAGACCAUCGCCCUCCUCUACGAACUGGCCAGGGAUAUUGACCGGGACUUUGAGUACGAGGACAGUGACUGCCUAUGUGACGGCCUGAAGAGUUUAGCCACGGACGGGAACAAGCACAGAGCCAAGAACGACCGCAGGAAACAGAGAUCCAUAUUCAGGGAGGUGCUGCAGUACAUAGAGAAUGAAGACUUCUCCGAGGAGAAGAUCCGUUUCGGAGUGGAGGCCUUGUAUAUCGACUGCUGGGUGCGUCGGCGUAUCUACGACGCCUUCAAGGAGAUGCUGGAGUCAGGGGUGCGGCACCACCUGCAGUGGAACCCCCUGCUGAGGGACGUCUUCGGCCUGGGAGCGCCCCUCAUCCUCGACCCCUCCUCCCUCAAAGCCACCAAGAUCUCCCGCACAGAGCGGCAUCUCUUCAACUCUGCGGCCUUCAAAGCUCGGACUAAACUGCGCAACAAAGUGCGGGACAAGAGAGCGGACGUCAUGUGAGAAAGAAGCCACACCCACCCAACUCUAAAGUGUGGGGGGGCCACAAACACAUGUAGCCCCUCCCCCUAAACCGAAGACAGGGGCCAUUUCUCAAUGUUCUCGUAAGCACACUUGGAAGUGUG